UAGAAAUGGAGUUGCUGUCUUUACUCGUGUUUAUUUUUGCAGCAGUGGGACCACAGAUCGAUGCCAGACCACAUUUUUCAAACAAAGUUUCGAAUUCGACUCAAAAGAGUCAAAGCAGUGGAAGUAUAUUAGAACAGCUUAUCCGAGAUAAGAUCAACCUGCCAGAAGUGCCUAGACCUAUACCUACAAGAUUUGUCAUCAAAUGGUAUGUAAAGGAGACAUGGGAGAAGAUCAGCCGGAAAAAUACUCGAUUUGGAGAGAAAGUGGACGCUAUAAGAUUCAGCAACGCUUUAGGUCACUCAAAACAAGACACCACGUAUAAGCUAAUCUACACAUUUGACCUUUCUGGUAUCCACGACAGAUACAAAGAGAUAUUCGGACAUGAUCUUUAUUUUAGAGCACCAACAAAGAUCCUGAAAGACCACGGUAGCCCCGCUUAUUUCCACGUGUCUGUGUGGGAGGCUGGAGGAAGGUUGCUUAACUCAAGUGUACUGGCUCCAGUCACUGGGAAUGAUUACAGGAUUGUUAUAGACAGGCUGAGCGGAUUAGAGUAUCCUACUCAGAACAAGAUAGAUUUGGUGGUUGAUAUGGGUUGUGAAGUACACAGUAUUGAUAAACAGACUGACAGGAGUAACGCGUCUAUCGCGACGUACGGUUACAUGCCCCCCAAGAAACUGCACUAUCAGCACUUCUUGAGAUCCCGGAGGAACAAAUUCAGACUAACAAGAAGUGUUGGGGAGGAGGAGCCAGGAGCUUGCUGCUCACUACACCCGCACAAGCAACUACUUGGUGACAAACACGUGGGGGCCCGGGAGACGGUACUUAUGCCAAUAUUUGUUACUGACUACUUCUGUCGUAUUAAUAAGGGGUAUAGGCGCCAAUACACCAAAUGUAAAACAGUUUCGGAACCAGAAGUCACCUCUGUCCUUUACUACAACUCACACUCUGGACAGGUUGGAGUAAGACCGGUAACAAGAAACGUUGGGAGAAGCUGCUACUGCGAAUGAGUGCUCCUUUAUCAAAUCACUCACCAAACUGAAACGUUAAGUCCUGAAGCAGCAGUUUAGAAAAGACAAGUGAUUGCGUAACUAGGAAGUAGGAACUACAGAACGU